AUGCUUCAGGGAAUCUUCGACGACCCUAACCGCAAAACCAACGCUGUAGCUCGCCUGAUCAAUCUUCGCCAGACUAACAGGCUGUUUUCUGACUUUAUCGCCUCGUUUAAGAAGGAAGCUGCCUACGCGGGCUUUACCGACUCCUAUGCUCUCCGCGCUAUCUUACUUAAUACUAUUAGUAUAGAACUAAAGCAGUACCUCGUCACCGACAACGACUAUAAGAGUCUAACCUUCGACCAGCUGAGCGCGCUAUCCACUCCUCUCACAACUACCCAGGGCGGCGACGCAAUAGACCUUUCAGCCAACCGAGUUGUUAGGGGCCAUCUUACGCCUGAAGAGAAGAAUCGACGCGAUGCUAACAACCUCUACCGCUAUUGCGGGGAGCCUAGUCACUUCGCUCGCGAGUAUCCUAAGAAACCGAAGCGUUCCCCCCUUACGUUCCGCGCCGCAGGCACCCAGGAGGCCCCUACUACCCCUACUACCGCUACUAUUAGCGAGACUUAA